GUUAACAAUUAAAAAUAAACAAUUAGUAAUUCCAAUUUCUGCUUGUUGUUUGUUAAAUUACCAAAAAAUAAGUUAAUUGCUUUUAUCUGUUGAGUGAAUUAUAAUUAUGUUGUUAAACGAUCUACCUGAUGAUUGCCUUUGGCUAAUCUUCGACUAUUUUUUUGAAUUAGAAGAAUUGAUCAAAUUGUCCCAAGUUUGUUCGAAAUGGUCCAGUUUAAUUUCCAUUAGAUUUGAACGGGUCAAAUAUCUUUUUCCAAAAAAGCCUGAAGAUAACAUUGACUAUUCCAAAAUAUGGAUGACUGAUCCAGUAAAUACUCUUAAACAUCACAAUUUACCAGAAUUGUUACCAAAUCUCAGGAUUGUCACUGUCGUUGAUGAGGUCGAAAACUAUGAAUUGAAGCCAAGACAUUUUAGAAAAGUGAUCAACAAUAAUCCGAAAAUAAAAGGAGUCAUUGGAUUACGGAACAAGUGUAAGCUCAAUUUGAGACAUAUCGAAAUGAUCGCAAUGAACCAUAUGGUUAACUUUAAGAAAGUUUUUCGACCUGAUCAGUUGAAACAAAUUCAAUUCGAAGGGUUUCAUGUUCAUUAUCUUCCUGAAUACGUAGAAUACUUUCCAAGCUUGAAACGACUCCACAUUUGUCUCUAUGGGGGUUCACGUUACAAUGGUCCAAAUUUAUCUAAGCUGAAGAUUCUUGAAGCUUAUGUAUCAGGAUGGGAUGAGGCUUGUGACAAAUUCAAUGUGAUAGAUUAUUGCCCGUCUUUAGAAAGCGCUUGUAUUUGUGGUUCUACAGAUGACCAAAGUAUUGACAUUUCCAUAAAGAACUACAAUCUAAGAGAUUUGGUUAUUGACAUUCCAUGGAUAGAUAACAUGAAUUGGUCAUCUAUCCGAAAACUAUUAACCAAAUUUCCAAAUUUAAAUCAUCUCGCGAUUAGACGAUCUGGAGAGGUUGAAGAUUGUCAUGUAGAAGAAUUGGUUAAACUAUUGCCACAGAUAAAACUAUUGGACUUUAGGGAAUCUGUUGGAGUUACUGUUAAAUCAGCUGAUUUCUUAUCGAAAUUCUGUCUCAAAUCUAAUCGAUCAAUCAAAAUCUAUUAUGAUUGUGAAAAGGAACCGGAUAGUUGGCCCAAAUACGACACUCCUCGAGAAUCAAUUGUCUACGGGUUCGAUUUCAUGAAACAUUGUUUUUAUAAGUCUUUUUCUCGGCUUCCAUUACUAAUUGAUGAUCAAAUUAAUCUAUUGGAGUAAUAAAUCAAUGAGAUUUUCUCAAUAAAAAUAAACUUUAUUUGUUUUUCUUAAUAUUA